AAAACUCUGAAAAUUUGCAAAACGAGUGCAGUUGAUAAAAGCAGUUCUCGCAGCAAAAAUGAAAAUCUGGAAGCUCCAAAUCAAUAUUUUCUGGACGUUGUGUCUCCUGUUAUUCGUUUUCUUCUCGCCUGCUGAGAGUGCGGCAACCAAUACAACAACUAAAACGCCAAGCAAGUCCAGCGCUUCUACUCUCGAGUGCGCCAAACAAGAUUUUGCUUUUGUGAGUCAGUGUUGCAAAUCGGCGCCUGGAAACUUCUUCAACCUUUCAUCAGCGACGGCCUGCAGGAAUAUGGGGGCGGACGGCGCCACCAAAGGUAUCUUCAGAGAGUACAAAAUAAAUAGAGUUCAGUCGACCGACAAAAGUGUUACUCUCGGCAACAAGGGAGAUCCGUGGAAAUUAAGUUCAAACGCAUUUUGCUAUGCGGAAUGUGUCUUUAACAACCUGUCACUGAUUGUGGACGGCGCAAUUUCUUAUACAAAGGUAUCUGAACAAAUUUCAUCCAGGGUCUCAAAUGCAGACUGGAAAACAAUCUUGACUGGUACAGCACUAACUGAAUGUGAAACCUCGGUCAAUUCAAUGAUUGCAGCAGACCCGCUGAAAUCCAUAAAAAUGGCAAGGAAUAGCUUCAAGACUUGUCUUUCAGCUCCUGGCUUGCUAGUGCAGUGUCUGCUAAACAAGAUAUACACGAGCUGUCCUGAGGCUGACACAAUUACAACAAGUUUCUGCAUCAAGAAAAGGGAAUUCUUCACAACCUGCAACCCAUUCUAAUCUUCUUAUUAAAUAAUUAGAUUCUUGUGUGGAGAGAAAUUCUCAAUAAAAGGUAUUUUUUAAACAUCCUUAAAAUUCAGCGA